AUGGCACAAGCGCGCCAAAUCAUCUUCCGCAUCUUUUACAGCACCUCAUUCACCGCCGUCUUCUUGAUCCUCGUAAUCGUCGUCGCCGUCACUCCCGCCGACACCAUCUAUGAAUCCUAUAAACGUCGCCGUCUCAUCGACAUCUUCCUGAUCGCGGGCGACUAUGUGGUUACGGCCCUGUUAGCCGUGCUUAUUUAUGCUUCGAGGCUGUACACAACCCGUUCGGUGCUUAAGGAUAUACCGAAAACGUAUAUGCCCAUUGAAAAGGAGGAUCUCCCGGGACGAAGAGUGCACAAAUUGGUCCAAGAAUGUCUGGAGAGGAGUGCAGUGAUUGCGUAUCAGGCCCGGCCGAGGAGUCGGAGGAUCGAGCAUGAUACAAUCAAUAUUGGGACGAGGAUGCUCGCACUGACAAACACGCACACCAGUACGGACCCGAAUGCCGAGCCGAGCUGGGGAAAGGUAGCACAUCCAGGCUGGUCAUCGCCUGCUUCCAAGGAGUUGCCGGGGCUCGAGUACUGCACCGUCGUGGAUGAACUGAUCGAUCUCAUUGAAGCCAAGGCUGUCAGUCUUGCACCUAUUGAUCCGCACACCCAGCCAGGUCCAGAUGGCGCACCGAUGCCUGAUCCACGGGUCAUCGAUCGGCUUGCACGGAGUGGGAAUAUGGGUAUGAGAGCCUACCUCCGCUAUCUCAUUGAUAUUGGCGUGGUGCCCGAUAAUUCCCUGACCGUGGCAUUUCUCGUGGCGUACGAACGCGCCCGUUUUUCAUCCGAGCCAUUGAAUGACGAAGAUUUCCAAAGCUUGAUGCGCAUGUUUGCCGAGCUGCUUCGCAACAUGAACCCUGUUGACGUGGAGAUGCUCGAUCUCGAAGAUGGGUCCGACCGGUCAUUUCAGUCCGAAGCCUCCAGCUUAAUCCAUCGAAAUCCAUCCUAUCACUCUCGUCAACCAGACACAGAGACCUUAUCCAUCCCGUCCACCUACUCAGCCUCCGGCUCCGUACGCCACAACAAACUCCCGCCACGCCGGAUCUCGGAAGAUUCAGCCCCGUCGCUUUCGUCCCUUGAACAUGUGCACCACUACCUCGAGAAGCAUGCCUCAUCAGAACCUGAGAUCGGAGCAAUUGACCACCAUAAUGAAGGAGAUGAGGACACCGACACGCAACCCUUCCACCAUGAGCCUACCAGCAACCCACGCUCUCAUUCAGGACGGAGACCGGGGCCUUCGACGACAGGCUCGAGUUCGAGAAUGUUCUCUGCCGUGUCACGCAUGAGUUCCCAUUCUGACCUUUCGCGAACUGGUUCCGGAGGAUCGAACACGGGGUCUGUUGUCCACCACGAUCUCACCCGCCAGUCGACAAGAAGCUCCAGGAGGAGCUGCAGGAGCGGGAACGGGCUGCCUGUGAUCCGACUUGCCAGGGAAGGCGAAGACGGCAACGGCGAGAAUGGACUGCCAUAUAGAAUCGAAGUCCCGCCAGAACAAUAG